ACAUCUCUAAUGGAAUAGGUACAGGUCCCAGUGACCAGUAUUAAGUCGCCGCUUGUAGUGACUUCACGUUGCUUAAUAUAAUACAAGUAGCUACAGUUAAAAUGGAGGCGGCAAACAAUUGAGGAGGUUUUAUAACAUGGCUCGCAUUACGACUGUAUUUCUCUGCCUGGUAGUGUCUCACUUCAGCUCUGGUUUCAAUGGGGACAGCUUUGAACUGGAGUGCCCCGAUGAAUGCGACUGUCAUUACUUCAGGAUCAACUGGGUCACGGACUGCUCGGAGAGCAAUCUCACAGACGUGCCCUAUAAUGAACUGAGUCUCAGCGUAUAUAUACUUGAUCUCAAUGGGAACAACAUCACCACUCUCCAGACUUUCCCAAGUGACAUCAAGAUGAGGAGGCUCCAAAUAGCCAAUAAUAAAUUAACCAGAGUAGACAGAGAGGCCUUCAAAGGUCUCGAGUAUCUGAUAGAUGUUGAUCUGUCCGGAAAUAAUAUAAGCUACGUCGAUCCAGAAGCAUUUCUCAACUCGCAUGGACUUCUAAAUGUUGAACUCCAAAGUAAUCCCUUGACGCUCGUCGAAGGUCCGUUUCUUGUGUCCAGUACUCUUCAAUACUUGGACAUCAGCGAUUGCAACUUAUCAACAAUCAACCCUCAGUUCUUCGACAACAUCACGUCCCUUAACACUCUCGAUCUCUCCAAUAAUCCACUUAAUGUACUUGAAAGUGGAACAUUCGACGUCCUAACAAGCCUCGAGACACUGAAACUAAACGACUGUAGGUUGACUAACAUAUCUGAAAAUGUUUUUUCGGCAUUGGUCAAUUUGAAAAAUUUGGAGAUUGCCGGCAAUUAUCUAUCAAACAUGAACUGGCCAGAAUUACUCGGAACACUUUCGAGGCUAGAGUAUCUUAAUUUACGAAAAUCAGCUGUAACAUCACUGUCUGAAGACACAUUUUCGAAUUGCACAAAUUUGGUUACGCUUAUACUAGCUGAAAACGAAUUACUUGACUUGGACGUGGCAGCGAUACUGGGAAACAGCGUUAAUAAUUUGGAACUAUUGGACCUGUCUAAUUGUAAGAUACGACGCCCGUUAUCAGGGGAAGCUUUUGCUAACGCAACAAGGUUAAAGACUCUCUUUCUAUCCGGGAACCCACUUUUUGCACCGGAUCUCCAAGAGGCAUUGUCUCCGCUACCGAAAAUCGAGAAACUGUUCUUAAGUAACUGCGGUCUUCGCAGUUUGCCGGACAAUUUUAAUGUAUUCGAAAACCUUCUCGAAUUAGAUAUCUCUCACAACCCCCUUGUAAACGUGUUUGCAAAAUUACUGGCGCCUUUGGAGAAGAUAGAAUAUCUUAAUAUGGGCUACAGUAAUCUGUCUUACAUCGGACCAGAGACUUUUGCUCAUAUGACGUCUUUGAAGAAAUUAGUUCUAUCUGGAAACGAUCUCCUGUCCUUAGAAGCAGGGCUGUUCGGAAAUUUGACACAGCUAACAACAUUGGAAUUAGAGUUGUGCGGUUUGAAGCGGCCACUUUACUCGAACGUUUUCUUUAAAAAUCUUACGUACAGCGACCUGCGGGAAAUUAGACUGGGAGGUAACCCGCUUGUCAUACCUCCAACAGGACCUUUGUUCCCAAAAAUUCUAUCACAAGUAGUCGUCCUAGAUUUGAGCAACUGCAAUAUUUCAUCACUUAAUCCAGACGCUUUCAAAAACACGAUGAAUUUGACGGAACUAAAUCUGUCAGGCAACAAAAUAAAAUCAGGUGAAGGAAGUUUGUCAUUUUUGGAAAUACUGCAACAACUGGAGAAGAUAAAUCUCAGUAACAAUAAUUUAACGACUAUAGACCCACAGCUGUUUGUGAAUAAUCCUAAGUUGUACUCGAUCAACCUGAUCGGUAACCCGUUCAGUUGUGACUGUAAGAUAGCCGAGAUGUGGGAUUGGGCGAACAUGAUUAAAGGCAAUCUGGAUGUGCUGGUGGGCGCUAAGAGUGCCGAAAAAGAUAUCGUUGUUAAAGGCAACAAGAAGAAGAACAAUCUAUAUUGCCGCUACAACGAAACGCAGCUGCGGAAUAAGACUUUGAACACAAACAAAACCGUACUAGGCAGGAGGCCGUUCGUCAAGCCGAGGGAAUUGACGUACGCCAACAGAACUUGGGCGAAAUAUGUGCGUGAGUCCGGAUGCGAACCGGUCGUCAAAAUACUGAGGCCGGUCGCUCGGCUUGGAAAUUUAUUGGAAGAAAAUAAUACUACGCAAAUCCCUCUAGCGGUUCUCAUAUUAGCAUUGGUCGCUCUAUGCCUCGGUGUAGCCACAGUCGUUAUGACGAUGCGCCUGUUUAAAAGACAGAAGGAGCCGGGCGGGAAUACAGGAAAUAAUAGAAAACGGAGAUAGUGGAGUGUAGAAGAGUUAAGAAUCGUUCAGGUUAUCCGCCUCUUCUAGAUGUUGUCAUUAUGAAAACUAUAUCGUCUAUGAAUGUUGAUUUCACGUGCGCCGAUAAAUAUACACAACCCCCUUUGACGGAGGUUUUAAAAGUUUAAAUAAAAACAAUUUCUACUAGUCAGUCUGAAAGAAUAUAUAUUAAAUAAUAAUUGUUAUUAAUUCAGCAAAAUCAAAUUAUUAAGUUAUAAUUAAUAACCAAUCACGAUACGAUUUCAUAUUUAUUUUUAUAUCAACAUCAACGUAAAUUACAUUACAGUCUUACUGUUAUUAUGUAAGGAUCGUAUAAUUUUUAAAGCUGUCCAAGCUUGUGUAUAAAAAUGUAUUAGCAACACAUUGCCUUAGAUCAGGCUUGCAACGAAUAUUCGGUCACUAUUAGUUAUUGGGCUGCGUUUAUAUUCGGCCGAAUACCGCUGACUUUAGUAAUAUUCUUGCGUAUUGUACAUAUACAUAUAUUCAUUUCUCAUAUAAUCUUUUAAGUUAUCAUUGAUACAUAGCAAAGGUACACAAUCAUCUUCUAUAUAAGAAAAAUGAAGGAUUUUUCUAUGCAUUUGAAAUAUUUUCAUUAUCAAAAUUCAGUAGGGGAACAUUAUGGUGUAGAAAGGCAAUUUUCUUAAUUAUUAGGAAGAUUUUUACUUUUUUUUCUUUUCCGUAGACCAAUUUUUGAGGCUUAAAUACUUUUUUUAUUUUUUUGCCAUUCGGUUAGAUUGCUGGCCGUAUAUUCAGAAUUCGUUGCAAGUCUACCUAAAACCAUCAAAGGCAUUAAGUUAGUAACAAAUUUAAUAUAAAACAAUACGAUGGUCGUAAUCUGUUUAUCAAAUGUAUUUACAUUUAUUUCGGCCAUGAAAUAUAAAUUAUCUGAAAGUAUGCGAACCCGUUAACGUUAUUUUGUGUCUGUAUUCCCCAUAAAGAGCGUUUGCAGAUUUUACUCCGUUUAUUUUUAUAUUUUGUGUGAAGAUUUAUAAUUAUAAAUGAGACACUGAAAACGCCUCGUAUGUUGUUUGGCGAUUCAAACUUGUGUUAAGGUAUAACAAAAAACAGUGAUAACCUUCUCCUUUUUUGAAGUCGAUUAACAAAGUAAUUUGCAUUAUAUACUAUAAAUCUAUAAAAAGCAUUUGUUAAAUUUGGAUGUAAGCUAAUAAUAUUCAAUAAACUAUAUAUUACAAUGUAACAAUUAUUUACUGUGGAUUAUGUGACAAGAAAUAUUAAAGAGGUUAUAUUUUUACACAGAUAAUUAAAUAAACUUUUCAAAUAGUAAUUUAAUGAAUGUAAUUGUUAAUUAUAUUCAAUAUAUAUAAGGAUAAACCUAUUUUAACUCUUCAUAUAGGAAUGGUUAUUCAUGUUUGUGUAAAUAAAUUAAUUUUUGGAAACGAAACCUGUUUACCUUCAACAUAACAAGAUGGCGUCGAAAGUAAUAAAUGUGACAGAACUUAUUGUUCAAUCUAGUUUGCAAAUAGUUUUUGUUUUUGUACAGUUUAUUGUAUGAGUACUGUGAGCUGAUGAAUUGUUGGAGCGGGAGAGGAUUUCUGAACCGAUACAAGUUUUAAUGUAGACUAGAUGACAGGCUUAGGAAUUUUAUAAUUAAAGGUGGAUAAGAUCUA